AUGCGCACUCCAGUCGAGAUUCCCUGUGCGCCAUAUUGGAAUGAUCUGGAUUCAACAGUUCGCUAAGAAACAGCUUACGCAGUGGAACUAUCUCGGUUUCUUUUAGUAUUUCCCGGGAUUUUUAAACUAAUAUUCGGUGUCUCACACAUUCACGUCUUGUCUUGUAACUCUCGAGGACGCUUGUCUGCCCUGAGGCGAGAGAGUGUUUGUAAAAUUUGUAACGGCGAAGUUGGAUGGAUCCCCGGGUGGCUUGGAUUCAGCCCGAACAGAAAGGACCUGCCAACGCUUUAUGGAUGCGCGUAUGGGAAACCUCGCAAAGGCGAAACCACUGUCACACGCUGCGGGUGAACACACCUGCGUUGGCGGCCGGUUUCAUAAAGCAGUUAACGCUGGUUCCCACCAACACAGUUGUAAAACCUAUUAACAAUCGCACCAAUCAGCCUUGUAAUGAUGGUAGUGCCAUGAGAUCUCCAUACGCAUGUUCUGAUCCUGCACCUCCGUAUGUCACCCCUGUUGAGGUCAACGGUUGUGAUUCUUUAUCACCUUUAUCUUCAGGAGAUUCCGAAAGUGACAGUCCGACAUCAGAUUCAUCAUCUACUACUGGUGACGGUAUGAGCGCAAAUCCAGCCAAACUUCACUUUAACUUCACUGAACAUAUCCACAAUGUCAAUAAUUGUUUACAACAACAUUAUCAGCGGCUACAGACUCAAAUAAUGAUGGAUAACCAGCUUAAAAACCAUACAGGACUAAGGAGACAAGACAAUAAAGCGAGCACAUAUGGAUUGAACUACUUUCUGUCCUACUCUAAUGACCGUUAUUUAAGUGGGACCCCAUGGGCAACCAGAAGAUACAGUCUAGGUAUUAAUGGCCUGCAUGAGGAGAUUGUGGAUUUUUAUAAUUUCAUGUCCCCAUGCCCAGAAGAGGAAGCAAUGAGGAGAGAUGUUGUCAAUCGUAUUGAAGCUGUAAUCAAAAAUCUGUGGCCUACAGCAAAGGUUGAAAUAUUUGGCAGCUUCAGUACAGGACUCUAUCUUCCUACCAGUGAUAUUGACCUGGUGGUGUUUGGAAAAUGGGAACAACCACCUCUGCAGCAGCUGGACCAGGCACUCAGGCAGAAUAACGUUGCUGAGCCCUUCUCCAUUAAGCUACUUGACAAGGCUACGGUACCAAUAAUUAAGCUGACUGAUAGAGAGACGGAUGUGAAGGUAGACAUCAGUUUUAAUGUCGUAACUGGUGUCAAAGCAGCACGGUUUAUUAAGGAUCAUCUUAAGAAAUACUCCGUGUUGCCAUACCUGAUCUUUGUGCUGAAGCAGUUUCUGCUUCAGAGAGAUUUGAACGAGGUGUUUACGGGUGGUAUCAGUUCCUACAGCCUCAUUUUAAUGGCCAUCAGCUUCCUGCAGCUCCAUCCCAGAAUAGACUGCAGAGCUUCUAAUAUUAAUUUGGGCAUCCUACUCAUCGAGUUCUUCGAAUUGUAUGGACGGCAUUUUAACUAUCUGAAAACAGGCAUCCGUGUGAAGGAUGGAGGAGCGUAUCUGGCCAAAGAGGAGAUCAUGAAGGUCAUGGAGAAUAGAUACAGACCCUCAAUGCUCUGUAUUGAGGACCCAAACUUACCAGGAAAUGAUGUUGGCCGGAGCUCUUACGGUGCCAUGCAGGUGAAAGAGGUGUUUAACUAUGCAUACCUCGUCUUGAGUCACGCUGUAUCUCCACUAUCGCGCUCCUACCCCAACAGAAAUAUGGAAAGCACAUUGGGACGCGUCAUUAAAGUGACCCCGGAAGUAAUUAACUACAGGCAAUGGAUCAUUCAGCAGUGGGGAAACAGACACAAUGCCAAAAUUAUUGACAUUAAAAUCCAGAAUGGUGUAGAAGACUUGGAGCAGACCUCAAGUGAGGAGCAGCAGAGAGACUCAUCAUCACCGCACAGUGCAGACUCACCUGUGUCCCUAUCUAGCCUUCAGCAGCACUCUUCAUCAUCUUCCUCAUCUUCCUCUGUGUCCUCGCUGUCUGGGAGUGACAUUGAUUCUGACACACCGUGCAAAGCUUCAGUUCUUCAUGAUGCAUCUGGAACUUUCCUGCACUCCAAAAGUCAGGUUCCAGAAUUCAAGUUGGGAUCUGGAAAGGUCCACGAGCCGGAACUCAAACUCAGAAUGGCCAGAGGUUCAAGGGGCCUCCACACACUAAUUGUUUAGAGCGUAACACCGUGCCUGGACAUCAUCCUCAGUAUGGCCGAAACAGCUGGCGUCGGCAUCGAAGGGACACUGUUCCCAUGAGCCUCAACAGAUAGUGCCAAUCACUUGUCCACCACUUCCACUUCUGUCCAAGACAAAGAAUGUGGGCCACAGAGUGGUUUCAUAGGUCAAAGGUAACAUUUCUGCUUAAGAUGGGCGCUGACUGAAAUUGCACUUUUGAUUUGUUUAGUCCAGUGCUUUUCCUGUGACUACACAUUUAAAUGUUUAUUUCAUGUUUUUUUUUUUUUUUUUUUUUUUUUUGUCUUUUUUUGUUUUUUGUAUGACAAUGUCUGAUACCUUUUAGUUAAUUUUUCAGCUUUUCAGAAUAUUUUUGAUAACAUAAGCCUUGUUGCAGCACCGCUAGGCUGUGAUUGCUUUUGUAUUGUAAAUCUUUACGUAAAAUACUAUCUUUGUGCAAUAUAUUUUUUUAAAUUUGAUUUUAGUUCAGUUUUAAUUUUCUUGAAUUUAAUGUAAAUUGACAUUACACUAUGGAUCACAUGUGGUAUUUUAGAAUGUUCAAAUCCAUAUCACAACCAGUUUUAUUGUUGGGAUUGUGGUUUUGUGCAUAUUAAAAUCUUGUGUGUACUACAUACUACUUGCUCAUUUGUUGGCCUUUCAGACAUGCACUUAAGUUUGUGCCAGCAAAUGGGUUUAGUGUUUGAUUAUUUACUCUGUAUCAAAAUCAUCUCCCCUCUCAGACUUGUAUACUGCCAUUCAUGGUGAAUGACUUGAAUAUGCACUGUCUUAGGUUAACCAAUUAUUAUUCUUUGUUGUUUGUUUGUUUUUGGAAGAUCUCCUGAUAAAGGAUAUAUAUAUAUAUAUAUAUAUAUAUAUAUAUAUAUAUAUAUAUAUAUAUAUAUAUAUAUAUAUAUAUAUAUAUAUAUAUAUAUAUAUAUAUAUAUAUAUAUAUAUAUAUAUAUAUAUUAUUAUUAUUUUUUUUUUUUUUUACAAUUUAAUGGGUUUUUAAUCGGUUCCAUAUUUUCUUGCAUUUGGCAUCUUUUCCCCACCCUCAGAUGCAUGUAACAGUCUAAAUGUAGUCCUCUUGGACUUUUUAUUCUGCCACCAGAUGGCAACUCUGCACCCACAAAGUAUCUCUUAUUUUAUUUAUUUAUUUAUUUAUUUUUGCCGUGAAUCUCACCAUGCUUGUACAAAACAUUUCACACAAAAUAUUUUUUGUUCCAUAACACCUUUCGACAAGAUUCGGCACUUAAUACAUUCUUGCAUUAAACCUGAUCAUAGUUUCUAAGGCCUCUCUGAUUAAAACAAACUCCCAUUUUGACUAUUUUCAGUAUGAUCCCGAAGCCAACUCUUAAUUUUGCUAUAUGCGCUGAAAAUGCUGGAGGUUUGAGCUCCAGAGAGGUUUAUUGUUACAUGUGUCUUGAAAGGGGAGAAAUUUGUACCAUUGCAGUGAUUUAAAUCAAGAAAUCAAACACUAAAGGAUCUACAAAGAGAGUCCUCUCACCUGAAUGCAGGUGAUGUUUGAAUGUAAUGUAUGAUGUGUUAAACUUAACACUUUUUCCAAUAUACAUUUUUAUGUAUGUUUUGUACUCAAGUUAUUUUUAAAAUAAACAUCUUAAACUGC